AUGAUGCCGGUGGUGGAAUACUCGUUUUUUUUUUUUUUGCUUCUUUACUUUUGUCUUUUGCCUUGCAGCUUGAAUUUCGCCAUGAACCUCACAACUUGUAUUGUUGGGGAUUCCAUAUGCGGUUCUUUGGGUGAUUCCAAGCUUUUAGAACCUGAAGGUGUUGUGUUUCUUAGGGGAUACAGUACCUACGAGGGCAAUCGACCAAAUGAAGUUGCUGCUGCACAGGAAGGCGGUGGUGAAAUCAUUGCUGCCAUUAAUGGUUUGAUAGAGGUAACGGAUCGUGUAGUUUCAGUCAAAGGGAUAUCUACGCGAUAUCAUCCUGAAAUAGGGGACAUUGUUAUUGGUCGAGUAAAAGAGGUCAGUGGCAAUCGGUGGCGUAUUGAUAUUUCUGCCUAUCAAGACGCGGUGAUGCUGCUUUCGAACGCAACUGAGCCUGGUGGUAUACUCAGAAGGAGGGGAAGAAAUGAUGAACUCACUAUGAGACACAUAUUUGAUCAAGACGAAAUAGUCGUUGCUGAAGUGCAACGCAUUUCUUCCGAUGGUGUAGUUUCUCUUCAUACUCGAUGUGGUGAAAAAUAUGGAAAACUCACUGGUUUUGGAAUGCUUGUGUUGGUCUCUCCUGCCUUGGUAAGGCGCGCGAAACAUCAUUUUUUGAAACUUGUUAUUUUGCCGGUGGGUAUUAUUCUUGGGACUAAUGGAAUGGUUUGGGUGAACCCAAACGUGGCACAGAGGGGGGGAACAGACAAUUCCUUGUAUUUUAACGAGCAAACAGAUGUUGACGUGAGACGAAGUGUCGCGCGUGUGGCAAACUGCAUUAAGGUAAUGAACUUUGCCCGGCUCCCAAUAUUUGCAAAAACCAUUGAAGCUUCCGUGAAAUUGUCCAUUGAUGUGGGAAUUGGGCCAUUUGAUGUUCUACAUAAUUCGAAUUACGAUUUAAUAACAAAUGCCGUCAUGGAGGCCAUAACAAAACGAAAACGUCAGAGAUCAUAA